AUGCCGGCCAAGGCGGCCAUAGUACCGUCAGGCUCGUUAUCGCCCGAGCAGCCGUUGAAUCGGCGACAAAAUGAGCAGCAGGGUCACGACAUCCGUCCAGCCAGCCACUACGGCAUCGAUGAGGUGGUUGAGGACGGCGCCGAUGACGUUCUGCCGCCGCAGGUGUUGGACGCGGAGUUGCAGACGGCUCUUGCUCGUCCGUCUGCGUCCAAGCCGCUGCUGUGUCGACAAUUUGGUGGCGUGUCUGAUGCACGCUCUCCGCCGACUGUCAUUGAAGGCGGCGUGGCCCACGACUUGAUCCAUGUCAACUGCACGCCAAUACCGGGUGUAGCUGCCGCCGGCGACCGGCUGGUGGCCACUAUCCUAUACAAGGGUCACGGUCACUACCACACCCCUGCGAAUACAGCGUCACGAGCUGCCGGCGAGCAGGAGGGAGGCAAGGCACAUCUGUCUCGAUCGGAUGCGAACGACAGCAACGAUGCCGAACGAGAGCUGCCUCCAAACCUGGCUCCCACGAUAGAGCCGACAUCGUUUCCGAUGGAGCUGCCGGCCGAAGAUCCCGAGCCACCACGAGACGGGCUGUAUGGCGCCUACGUCAGUCCCAUCUGUAUAGCAGCAUUUCUGCACCUGAUGGCCACCUUUCCACGCCGCGCCGUGGCGAACGGGGAGGACGAUGGCGGCAACAGGACUGGCUCUGACCUCAAGGCCAGCCAUCGCUACCUCGAUAGUGCCACACAGCCACACGUGGUGGAGGUGCUCUUGCACCCAGCACCGGUCCUGGCCCUCACGGAUUUGCGUCGACAUGAGCAGCUGUACCGGUUCGAGCGCGAGUGGAACGUCGAGGUGGUGCUGCAGCACGACACGCUGUGGCGCCGCCAUCCGCGGCUGGUGGUGUUUGACAUGGACAGCACGCUGAUCACGCAAGAGGUGAUUGAUCUCCUGGCCGAGGCCGUCACCCCCGAGGUGGCUGCCCGCGUGGCCGACAUCACGCAUCGUGCCAUGGCCGGCCAGCUGCAGUUCGAAGAGGCCUUCCGCGAGCGGGUGCACAUGCUGGCCGGCCUGCCCGCCACACUGUUCGACUCUCUCCGGCCGCGCCUGGACGUGACCAAGGGCGUACCGGCAUUGCUGCGCGCGCUGCGCCGACUCGGCGUGCGGACGGCCGUGCUGAGUGGUGGCUUCCAACCGCUGACCGGCUGGCUGGCCGGGCAGUUGAAAAUCGACCACGCGCACGCCAACCACGUGGUGGUCGGUGCGGACGGCCGGCUAACGGGCGAAGUGACGGGCGCCAUUGUCGGCCGUGAGCGGAAGUGCGAGCUUCUGAAGCAGAUCGCGGCCGAGGAGAACAUCGACCUGCGCCAAGUCGUGGCUGUGGGGGACGGAGCCAACGACCUGCUCAUGCUGGAGACGGCAGGGCUGGGGGUAGCCUGGCACGCCAAGCCUGUUCUGCAGCUGGCGGCCGAUGCGCGGCUGAACAGGCCUUCGCUCCUCGACCUUUUGUUCCUCUUCGGCUUCACCAGCACGGAGAUAGCGGAGCUUGCAGCUGAAGAGGAGCUGCCACGCUCGGAUAAUUGA